GCUUUUCGGUGAAGGAAAACAUCGUGAGGAAACCGGACUAAUCCCAACAAGGCCUAGUUUACCCUCUGGGUUGGAAGGUCAGAUGGCAAUCACUUUCGUAAAAACUAGUGCCCAUGCCAAAUCUUGGGAUUACUUGUCAGGCGGACCCCAGGCUCCCAUGAGCCGUGACAAAAUGCCGGGACAACGCGAGGAAGAAGAUGGAGAUGUUUGAUGUCACAAUGUAAGUUGAAAUUGGCCUCUUGUCUAGAGGGCGACUUAAAAUAUUAAUACACCAUUUUUCAUAUUUCAUUUAAAUUUUUAAUAGCUAUUCAACUUUCUCGGCAGUUCAUGUCUCCCGGACAACCUAUACGUACUCAAGUGAAAUUUAAACUGUAGAUAAUUAAGUACCUACAUCUGUGCAAGUUGCGAGAAGUUUCCAAGGAAAAAUUAUCUGAUAUUUUGAAAACUUCCUCUAUACAGUGGAACCUCGAUAGCAUGAAUCUCGAGGAAACACCAAAGUUCGCAUUCACGAGUAUUCGUCUUAUAAAGGAGAUGCCCUUAGGGACGUUCUUAUAGGUUUUUUUUUGUUUGACUUAAAGAGGUUUCUAGUUACAACGGUGAAACUCGUGAAAAAUUCGUGUUAUAUAGGUUAGUUCCUAUUAUAAGGUACAGACGUGUAAAGUGCAGUCUCAUUGUUUAUUUCGAGUUACAGAGGUUGGUUUGUAAAAAAAAAACUUCGAGAUAUAGAGGUAAAAUAAUGAAGCCUCUAUUUUUCUUCGAGUAAACAUUGUACUGGAUAACCGUGACAGGAAUCAUUGUUUAUAUUUUGGUUUUGAAGGGAACUAGGGACUUCGCCUUAUCAAGGUUCGAGUUAUUGAGGUUCCACUGAAUCUUGCGAUUUUUUCUAAAUUACCCGAGAACUUUUCCAUGUUUUUGCAAACUUUCCGCAACUUGCACAUCUUAUUUACUCAAUUCAUCACACUUAGUUACUCAAUUGUGAGUAACAGGUGCAGUUGUAUUUGCUUGUCAGAAUAUUUUCUGCGUAAGUUAUUUACACAAUUGGUACUAUUAUUAACUUUACAAUGUGGGAUAUUACUUACAAUUUAACAUUUCAUACCAGCGUUAUCAAACGUUUAAAACAGACAUUAAUAUUUAUGUUGCUUAAAUAUGAUAAUUAACAUGUUAUUGUUGCUCUUUUUUGUUUUUGCGAUUUCCCUUUAUCUCUGUGAUAGUGCAAGUCCACAAAGGUUGCCGCUGUCAUGUGCGCAAAUAAAGGAGUUUGUGGACGGACACAACAUUCGUCGGCAAAGGGUGGCGCGCGGCGCUGUGCCACAGCAGCCUACGGCCGCUAACAUGAUAUACAUGGUGUGGGACGAAGAACUAGCAGAAAAAGCAGCGAGAUGGGCUGAAAAUGGAAUUUUUGGCCAUAACCCAGUUAAGACCGUUGGCUCACAAAGAUGGGGCCAGAUUGGUGAAAAUGUCUUUAUAAAAACGUUGCCGAGGCCGUUCUAUGUGCCAGUUAUUCCGAAUAUCGUGGAAGCCCUGGACAGCUGGUUUGACGAGCACGCAAAUUACGGAUUUGAGCCAUACAGCCUCGCUACACCGCGACCUAUCGGCCACUACACGCAGAUGGUGUGGGCAGAGUCCACCCAUGUCGGCUGUGGGAUCUCACAAAAGAAAGAAAACGGUUGGACCACUACAUUGAUUGUUUGUAAUUACGCACCCACGGGAAACUUCCUAGGCCAAGUUCCUUACUACAGCAACGGGGCCGCCGGCUACCUCCGCUGCGUGAACCGCACCUGCCGUAGGCCUUACGGAUAUUAUUGUUAACAAUGGGAGCACGGGAAAAUAAGUGCUAAUCAUAUGAUAUAUCAUUUGCGGCUUUCCAUGUGAUGGAAAUG